AUGAAGUGGCUUCCAGCAAGAUCUCAUGCUCCCAUAAUUAAAAUCACAAUAAAAGAUCCUAGACCAAGUUACACAACAUGGGACCUCAUCGAAGGCACAGUGACGGUGACUGCGCCCAAUGAAACGAAUGUUAACAAUAUUCAAAUUACAUUCGAAGGUUCAUCCCGAGUAGCUCUACCGCGGCCAAUUACCGAGCUCCGUGAACCUACAGCCUGCCACACAUUUCUGAAGCUUCAACAACCCAUUGAAACUCCUGACUCGCCUAUUCAUGUCCCAGGAAGACCUGACAGUUAUCCAUUCUGUUUCGUUAUUCCGGAGGAAGUGCCCCUCGGGUCUUGCAUACAAGAAAAGAGCAAUGGUUGGGCCGAUCACCGGCAUGCUAAGCUUCCGCCAACACUGCGGUUCGCCAACUUGUCUCAGGAAUUAUGUCGGAUUGCGUACUCUAUCCGUGCAACGGUUUCCUACCAUAGAGCGAACUAUGGCAAGAACGAGAGAACAACUACUUCUAUUGAAGAUAUACGAUUCGUCCCGGCGCAUCAGUCGAACCACCUCCCACGAAGCCUGCAGACCUUUGUAUCAUUGCAACACAACCCAAAGCAGGACGUGAAGAGCAAAGCAUCGCUUUCUCCGUGCAGAUUAUAUGUGGAAGGGCCUUCCGCACAGCUGACGCAGGGGCACUGUCUUGGGAUUUCUUCGAAUGGCUCCUUCGACGCAUAUCUUACCAUACCGCUUCGCUUCGAAGCAGCGGGAGAAGCGAAGCCUCCUCAACUACGAAACCUACAUUGCACGCUCAAGGCUUCAACAUUCUUAGCGACAAGGCCGAGUGCCAAACGGCUCAAGCGUCAUGAGGCGCAAUACCGACAAGCAUAUGUCGAAACUAUCGCGAUGCGAUCAGAGGAUAUCUCAUAUACGCAAUGGUUCAGGCAUGAGCCAGCCCCUGAGGACUGUGUCACUGAGCAUCGGAGCGGCAACAGGCUAUACUACACAACAUCCAUACGCCUCCCUAUACACAUGCCUCGCAACGGAUAUCUCAUACCAUUCUCUACGUGUCUUCUCUCGCGAGCCUAUCUUGUCGACAUGCUUUUGUCGUAUUCUACGCCCGAUUCGAAUGGACGUCGUCGAUCAUUGGAAGCCACGUUACCAGUUGAGAUUGUGAAAUCUUAUGAGACGCAUAUUGAGAAGAGACCGCUAUGGAGUACACUAGAUGAACCAUGUUUAUCUGAUUGGGAUGUCGAGCCACCACCAUAUCAUUGCCAUGAAUUAUUUCGCUCGAGCGAUGUUGUGUCCUUGAGGAAGGGACAACAUACUGGUAUUUAUCACCAUAUGGUGACACCCUGACAGCAGGUGCAGACCAGUCAUUAGUUUACCAACGAAAUGAUACUAUCACGUCGACGAAAGAAACAUGUCCUAUCAACUGCGAAAAGCUGGAACUGAUUAGUCCCGGGAUAUCCUGACCUGGACAACAGACGAUCUGGAGAAGGGGCGUCUCCCUUCUGUCGAGCACUUAGAGAUGCAAUGGACCUUGACUAGACUAGUUGCGUUGGCCCGAGCAGCGGAUGUCAGAGAAGAGGAUCCCGACCGAGAGGACAUGGCAGGCUUGAAAAAUUCUAGUUAUAGUGGAAGUAGAGGAAAAGAACUGGAUAAGGAUAACAAAACAUUACGAAAUUGAAGGACACGAGGGUAGAGUAGCGGAGAAUCAGCUUUGUUUGACUAAAGGAUUUCGCUCGUGGGCGAAAAGAGACCACACCCGGACAAAAAACAAUUCAAGCGUCGAGAGACUACUCUAGAGUUGCAACUUCUGGUUUGGACGUUAUAUACCUACCGGUACUGAUACCUCG